GCAACCCUCCUGCCUCGGCCUCCCAAAGUCCUGGGAUAGCAGGUGUAAGCCGCUGUGCCUGGCCUCACCCUUGUUUUUGUAUCAGCCCCAUCUCUCCUGUCACCAGUUCCUGAAAUCCCUCCCGCUGGGCUCUGGCUGGCCUCGAGUCCUCCCCUUCUGUUUUCUGCCCUGGCUCUAACUAGCCCUGUAGCAUCUUGGGGCCUUUUGGACACAGUGGUUUCAUCCCAGGGAGGGGUCCCAGGGCAGAGGUCUCAGGCAGGGUCCAGUGAACAGGGGCUAUUUUAGGGCAGGCUUCUCACCACAGCCCGCCCCACAGUUCACCACGUGGGUGUCAUGCCCCCACCCCCACCCAACACACACAUGAGAGCACACUUACAGCAAAGGGUGAGGGGGCAGGUGGGGCUAGGGUGGAGACCAAAGCAUUGAUGUGACGGAACCAUCAGCCAGGCAACUGGACCUGGUGGAUCCAGGAAGACUUCCUGGAAGAGGUAAGUGGUGCUAGGUAGGAAGGACAGGACCCAGAGAGAAGAGGAAGAGGGUAUCUGUAAGGGUAAGUGGACUGGGGGUUGAGAGAGAGAAGCUGAGGGCCCCUCUAGGGUAAAUCAGGGUUCACUGCGUUGGCCCCACCCUGCAACUCUCCAUUCUUGUCAUGUCUUAGGAAACCACGCCAUCUCGCCAGUCAGUUCCUCUCUGAGUGUUGCAAUGGCAGAGUUUCUGGCAGGAUGUGGGGGACCCUUGCUCAAUGACCUCCUGCCUUGUCGCUCAGAGGAUACAGCUGCCAGAAAAGGCAUGGCUCAUUGUGGGGCUUCCCAAGGGACUCUGGUGGCCCCUGCUGCUGACCUGGGCCUUUUCUUGGUAUGGGGAUAGGAGGAGAGCUCCAGAGGCAGGUCUCUGGCCCCUCCCAAGGAUCAUGUUGCAGCCCCACUGACCCAGGAGUAGGGGCCUAAGGGGAACUUGGAAUGGGCUGUGUGUUCUGCAAGAAAUUGGAGCCGACGGCCACUGCCAAGGAGGAUGCUGGCCUGGAAGGGGACUUCAGGAGCUACGGGGCAGCAGACCACUAUGGGCCUGACCCCACUAAGGCCCGGCCCACAUCCUCCUUUGCCCACAUCCCCAACUACAGCAACUUCUCCCCUCAGGUCACCAACCCUGCCUUCCUUGAUAGUGGCACCUUCAGGGGCGUGUCAGGGAUUGGGGUGACCCUGUUCAUUGCCCUAUAUGACUAUGAGGCUCGAACUGAGAAGGACCUCACCUUCACCAAGGGAGAGAAGUUCCACAUCCUGAACAAUACUGAAGGUGACUGGUGGGAGGCUCGGUCCCUCAGCUCUGGACGAACUGGCUACAUUCCCAGCAACUAUGUGGCCCCUGUUGACUCCAUCCAGGCUGAAGAGUGGUACUUUGGAAAGAUUGGGAGAAAGGAUGCAGAGAGGCAGCUGCUCUCGUCAGGCAACCCCCAGGGGGCCUUUCUCGUUCGGGAGAGUGAGACCACCAAAGGUGCCUACUCCCUGUCCAUCCGGGACUGGGAUCAGACCAGAGGCGAUCACGUGAAGCAUUACAAGAUCCGCAAGCUAGACACAGGUGGCUACUACAUCACCACGAGGGUUCAGUUCGACUCGGUGCAGGAGCUGGUGCAGCACUACAUGGAGGUGAAUGACGGGCUGUGCUACCUGCUGACUUCGCCCUGCACCAUCAUGAAGCCGCAGACGCUGGGCCUGGCCAAGGACGCCUGGGAGAUAAGCCGCAGCUCCAUCACGCUGGAGCGCCAGCUGGGCACCGGCUGCUUCGGGGAUGUGUGGCUGGGCACGUGGAACGGCAGCACUAAGGUGGCGGUGAAGACGCUGAAGCCGGGCACCAUGUCCCCGAAGGCCUUCCUGGAGGAGGCUCAGGUCAUGAAGCUGCUGCGGCACGACAAGCUGGUGCAGCUGUACGCCGUGGUGUCGGAGGAGCCCAUCUACAUCGUGACGGAGUUCAUGUGCAACGGCAGCUUGCUGGAUUUCCUCAAGAACCCGGAGGGCCAGGAUUUGAAGCUGCCCCAGUUGGUGGACAUGGCAGCCCAGGUGGCUGAGGGAAUGGCCUACAUGGAACGAAUGAACUACAUCCACCGCGACCUGAGGGCAGCCAACAUCCUGGUGGGGGAGCGGCUGGCAUGCAAGGUUGCAGACUUCGGCCUGGCCCGUCUCAUCGAGGACGAUGAGUACAACCCCCGCCAAGGGGCCAAGUUCCCCAUCAAGUGGACAGCCCCAGAAGCUGCCCUCUUUGGUAAAUUCACCAUCAAGUCAGACGUGUGGUCCUUCGGGAUCCUGCUCACUGAACUCAUCAGCAAGGGCCGAGUCCCUUACCCAGGCAUGAGUAAACGGGAAGUGUUGGAACAGGUGGAGCAGGGCUACCACAUGCCGUGCCCCCCAGGCUGCCCAGCAUCCCUAUACGAGGCCAUGGAGCAGACCUGGCGUCUGGACCCAGAGCAGAGGCCUACCUUUGAGUACUUACAGUCCUUCCUGGAAGACUACUUCACCUCCACUGAACCACAGUACCAGCCCGGGGAUCAGACAUAGCCUGCGUGGGCAUCAACCACCUCUCUGGCAGUGGCCACCAGUCCUUGCCAAUCCCCAGAGUUCUUGUUCCAAAGUCCCCAGGCUGGCUUAGAACCCCAUAGAGUCCUACCAUGCCAGAGGAGGCGAGGUGCUCUGACACCACUGAGGGCAACUCACUCAUUUUACAGAUGGGGCAAAAGGAGGCCCAGAGCUGAUCCCUCAUCCGCUCUGGCCCCGAGCACGAUUGUUUCCUUUCCCACUUAGGCCCCUACAUGCCUCUAGCCUUUCUCAUCCCACCCCCACCCAAGGUGCUCAAGACCUUGUCUAAUUAUUUAUAAAACUGUAUGUUCCUCCCCUCACUUCUCUCCUAUCACUGCCUUCCUGCUCUCCUUUUAUCCCACUCCAGUCCAGGUGCCAAGAAUAUCCCUCCUACCCUCGAUUAUCUUGUGUCUGUAAGUUACAAAGUCAGGAAAAGACUUGGCUGGACCCCUUUCCUGCUGGGUGGAUGCUGUGGUCCAGGACUGGAGUCUGGGCCCAGGUUUGAGGGAGAGGGUUGCUGAGCCCUUCCCACCUCUCUGAAAAGUGUGUAUGCAUUGGUUUAUUGAUUCUGUAACUAAGUAAAAUGACAGUAUUAAUCCUCAAGCCAUGAAA